UAGCCCAAGGCGAGCUUUUGACGUUUGCUAAAACGGGCAAAAAUAAAAUUCCUUAUCCAAGAGGAGAUCGUAUUCCCGGCCACCCAUUAAUAGCAUUAUUAGCAGAAUUUGUUUUCAGUUAUAUCCAUCGGACAAGAUGGGCGUUGACUGGACCAAACUGCCUCCAGAACUCUUGGUAUCCAUCUCAGAAAACCUAAAACUCUACUCCGAUUACCUCAGUUUUCGGGCGGUGUGCCGCGGCUGGCGAUCCUCAACCCCUAAAACCCCGUCCCAUCUCCCUCCCCAGCUCCCCUGGCUCAUGCUCCCUCCUUCCCAGUCCUACCAAUCCCACCGCGCCUUCUACGACCUUUCUACCAACAAACUCCGGUUCCUCUCCCUCCCCGAAUCCUCCAACCCUAAUAAGCGCCACUGCGGCUCUUCCCACGGCUGGCUCGUUGUCCUCGAUGAAUCCCCUUCCAUUCUCCUCCUAAACCCCCUCUCCCGCGCCAAGCUCCACCUCCCUUCUCUCUCCUCUUUCCCCAACGUCCACAGCUUUAAUUACUCCCACGUCGGCAAGGAAUAUUCCCUCCGCUCCCCGUCUGGUGACCUUUACACUCGUAAUUUGCGCCAAAUGCGAGACUCCAUUAAAAAAAUUGUGCUUUCUGUCAAUCCUUCCAAGGAGCUUCGUUUCGUGGCAAUAGCGAUUCUUAAUCAAACCGGUGAGCUAGUUUACUGCAAAAACGGCGAUGACUCUUGGCGCUUUAUCCCAGGUGCACAAUCCUAUUCCGAGGAUGUUAUAUAUUGUGAGGGAUUAUUUUAUGCUGUCGACAAACACGGAGGAAUUGCAAUUUGUGAUGUUCACGAUGAUUCGCCCAAGGUUUCGAUUGUCCAAACGCGGACACAAUUGGACGGUGAUAUGCAAUAUUUGAUCAAUUCUGGAGAUGAACUGUUACUCAUUACCCGUCACCUUGAUCUUGAAUUCAGUUUCGAACCUCAUCAGUCCUAUUUGGUCUAUAGGACUAAGCGCUUCGAGGUUUCUAGGCUUGUUUGGAGUGGACCGCAUUGGGAAAGAGUGAAAAGUUUGUAUGAUAAGAUGGUUUUUAUAGGUGAAAAUUCUUCUUUAUCGUUGUCAGCUUCGGAUUUUACAGGCUGCAUGGGGAAUUGCAUAUAUUUCACAGAUGAUUACUCUGAAAGUAACUAUGAUGGUUCUUUGGGGGAACAUGAUAUUGGUAUCUACAAGUUAUGGGAUGGGAGCAUUGAGCCAUUGCCGUGUUAUCCUCGAAAUUCUUUCUUUAGAAUGGGUUGGCCUACACCACUUUGGGUUACACCUACUCCAUGCUAAUACGAUAGCUUGAGUAGAAUGCAAGUGCUUCCUUUGGUUUGCUUAGUUGUGAAAUAUCUGCAUAUAAAAUGUUGUGGUCUUCUGUUGAAUGCAUGAUGUUUUUAUGUGCUGUUUAAGAUGUUUUUAUAGAUAUAAAUCUCAGCAAACUAUUAUUGCUUUUGUGAGACCUUAUAGAUUGUAAUUACAUUGUGUAAUUUUAUCUAAAAUGGAUUUCUUUGAUAAUAA